AUCUUUGUUUUUACAUAGUUUUUGAUUUAAUUCAAUAUGAAUAGCUAAAAGUAAGAAUAAAUAAAGCAAUAAUAACUUUCUUAGUAAUAAAUAAUUUCUAAUAGCAAUCCUCUUUACAGCGGUAAUUCAAUUCUUAGUGCAUAAACAAUAAUUAAUAAUCCAUAGCAAAAUCCUUAAAUGUAUUUGUCUUAUCCAUAGCAACAGCAAUAGGCUCUAUCAAACUCUUUAAAAAAAAAUUAACCAAAUAGUAAUAAUAAUAAUAUUAAUAAAUCGUUUGCCAGUUUUUUAUCAGGCGUGAACGAUAUUUAGGCACAACAAAAUAGCAAUUAAGCUAAUUUAUGUUAGCAAUAAUAAUAACCUACAAUUAUGUAAUAGUCCUAUACAUAAUAAUAAGUAAAGGGACUCUAAAUUUAAUCGUUUAUUAUAAAAAUUAUAGAAGGAAAGCUUAAACUUGCAAAUUCUGCUGAUUUAAAGCCUUUUGUUUAGGUAUAGUUUGGUAAAAGGAUUUGGAGAACUUAAAUUAACAAAGGAUCUUACCCUAAAUGGAAUGAAGAAAAGAAAUUUGAUAUUUUGAGUAAUAAAGGUUUCGAUCUAACUAAUCCUGGAGGAGUUUGCAACUCCUCUGUAACCACUUAAUCAUCUUGCAGCUCAAUUUCACCUUAAACUUCUUAAAACUAGUAAAUAUAGAUCUUCUAGUAGCAGUAAUUGCUAAAUGGUUAAUACUAAGUAAAUUCUUCAGGAUAGGUUGAUUUCAACAUAGAAAUUGUUGUCCUGCAUAAAUCCGAAAAUGAAGAGAUAGAAUUAGGAAGAACUAGUAUAAAUGUAGAAGAAUAGCAAUAACAAACAUCAAAGUGGUUUAUAAUUGAAAAUAAUGGUUCAAUAUUUGGAUCAGUGCAAAUAUAAUUUUAGUUUGAGUAUGCAAAUUACUAGCUGUAAAUUAACAAAACCUCUCAUUAAAUAUACUUGAAUUAGAAGACUAACUAAAAAUAAUAGUAAUAACAAGUUGCUUUUCCUUAAUACAACUAUUAGAAGAGUUUAGAAGACCUACAAAAUUCAAAAUAGCCAUAGGCUCAUCUUAUAAACACAGCUUCGAAUUCAGUAAAUCACACACCUAAUUUGAACAUUAAUAAACGUAACCCUAGUUCUCACUCAGAAAAUAACAGUUUUUAAGACUUUUAAAUAAUUCCAUAAACCACAAGUAGAGUGGCAUUAGUUAAUUAGAAUGGAUAGGAUAGUAUUUUAGAGCCAAUAUCUAAAGUUAAUUUAGGAUUUUCAGGGAAUAGCUAAAUGAUAAAUAAUAAUAUUAGCAGUAAUAAUUUAGGUUAUUAAUGUAGAUAAUACGACAUGUCAGAUUUAAUUAGCUAGUUACAGUAAGAACAUGAAUUUUUACUAAAGAGGGAUAGAAUUUUACAAGAAAAAUAUUAACAAGCAUAAGCAGACUCUUAAAAUAUAAGUAAAGAAUAAUUAAAACUAGAAUAGUAGCAAUAAAAUAUUAAGCUGUAAGAAUCUUAAUUAAGGCAAAGGCAAAGCGGACUAGAAUAGUAAAAGGAUGAUUUUGAAAAGUAGAUUAUAAGACUUGAAGAGAGCAAAAAGAUUCUUCACUAGUAUAUUUAGGAGUAUUAGAAUCUAGCUGCUGAAGAAUAAGAACUAUAAAAGAGCACUACCAAGAUUAGAUCAGAUGUUAAAAUUAUGAAUGAGGAAGAACCAGAAAUUUUAGACACUUUAAAUACCCUUUCUAGAAGAAACAAUUCUGAAAUAUUACAACUUAAGAUCUUUAAACUAAAAAUGAUAAAUCAUUUAAAAGAAAUAAAUUCGAUAUUUUAUAAUUAAAAAGCUAGUUCUGUAAAAAAACCAUUAAAUGCAAGUCAUUAGAGAGCCAAGAGUUUUUCCAAUCACUAUAGUCUAGUUGGAGUAGAUACAAUCACUGACUACACAGUAACUUUGAAGAAUCUGCAAAAUAAGAUAUCAGGCUUAAAAGACAUAAUUAAUACUAAAAAUUUAGAAAUUGAAAAUUUAAGAGAUUAAAUAUGCUAAAUACAAUCUAGCUAUGAUGGUCAAUGA